AGGGAAUAGGUUUUUACUUUUUCGUCUACGUUGUUGGUCGACGUAAGAAAAAUUUGUCGUGAGAGCUUUUUUGUUUAAAAUAUAUUUUUUCUAGUUUUUGUGCGUUUGUAACACAUUAAAAAUUCAACGAAUUUCUUUUGCUGACUUCAAAAUUUAUAAUUUACUAAAAUAAAUAAUAUGAAAAACAUAAGCAAAUUGGUUUAUCAAGUCAAAUACGGGAAAUAGAAUCGUGUGAAAUUCGGGUGGAAAAAAAAAUUGAUCACGGAAAAAUCGACACCCAACAGCAGUGUAGUAGCAGCAGAAGCAGCAGCAGAAGCGACUCCAGCAGCUCCACCACCAGAAGCAGCGACAAAAACAACAACAGCAACCAUGUCAAGUAGCGAAGAGAUGCUCUAUGUGAAGGGUGCCAGAAUAUGGAUACCAAACGAAGAAAACGUGUGGGAGGGUGCCGUAUUAGAACAGGACUACACAAAGGAUUGCAAGGAACUUAACGCCUACAAAGAUGCUGGUCAUCAACAGAUAACAAUUAAAAUUAAAUCUGCUAAUGACUUGCCCCCAUUGCGUAAUCCAACCAUAUUGAUCGGGCAACAAGAUUUGACCGCCUUAUCAUACCUUCACGAGCCGGCGGUCCUGCAUAAUUUGAAGGUGCGUUUUCGUGAACGCCAGUCCAUUUACACUUAUUGCGGCAUAAUAUUGGUAGCAAUAAACCCGUAUGCCAAAUUGCCCCUCUAUGGGCCAGAUAUCAUUCGAGCGUAUCGUGGACAUUCCAUUGGUGAAUUAGAACCACAUAUAUUUGCUCUUGCCGAGGAAGCCUACACAAAAUUAGAACGAGAAAAAUGUGAUUUAAGUAUAAUUGUGAGUGGAGAAUCGGGAGCUGGUAAGACUGUUUCUGCCAAAUAUGCAAUGAGAUAUUUUGCCGCUGUGGGAGGCAGUGAAUCGGAGACGCAGGUUGAACGAAAAGUAUUGGAGUCAAGUCCAAUUAUGGAGGCAUUUGGUAAUGCAAAGACCACACGAAAUGACAACAGCUCAAGAUUUGGAAAGUUUACAAAAUUGUUGUUCAAAAAUAAUAUGGGAGUAAUGAAUUUGACGGGAGCAACUAUGCAAACUUAUUUGUUGGAGAAGUCCCGAGUUGUAUACCAAUCUCCUGGGGAGAGAAAUUAUCAUAUUUUCUAUCAACUGUGCUCAGCCAGGGAGCAACACCCAGAGCUUAUGUUGGACCAUCAAGAUAAAUUCAAUUUCCUCAACAAAGGCAAAUCACCAGAUAUUGAGCGUGUUUCUGAUGUUGAUCAAUUUAAAGAAACCGUUCAAGCAAUGUCCAUACUUGGAUUUGGUCCAACACAAAUCUCGGAAAUACUCAAAAUACUUGCCGGUAUUUUACAUCUGGGCAAUAUUCAAUUUGUAAGUCAAUACAAAAAGGACACCAAUGAAAUUGAUUCUGAUGCCUGUGAUAUAAUGCCAAAUGACUUGCCAUUGCAUGUUACCGGUGACAUGUUAAAAAUCAAAGCCGAUGACUUGCGCAAAUGGUUGAUAACCCGUCAAAUUGAAUCAUACCAUGAAAAUGUUCUAAUUCCCAAUAAUAUAGCUGCGGCCGAAUCUGCAAAGGAUGCUUUAGCCAAACAUAUAUAUUCCAAACUCUUCCAAUACAUUGUAGCUGUGAUAAACAAAAGCUUAAAUUCUGGCCGUAAGCAAAGUUGUUUUAUUGGAGUUUUAGAUAUUUAUGGCUUCGAGACAUUCGAUACGAAUUCAUUUGAACAAUUUUGUAUAAAUUAUGCAAAUGAAAAACUGCAACAACAAUUUAACCAACAUGUCUUUAAAUUGGAACAAGAGGAAUACUUAAAAGAGGGCAUCGUUUGGACUAUGAUUGAUUUUUACGAUAAUCAACCAUGUAUCGAUAUGAUUGAAUCUAAGUUGGGAGUUCUUGAUUUGUUGGAUGAAGAGUGUAGGAUGCCCAAAGGAUCUGAUGAAUCAUGGGCUGGAAAGCUUAUUGAGAAAUGUUCAAAGUUCCCGCAUUUUGAAAAACCAAGAUUCGGAACAACAAGUUUUCUUGUUAAACAUUUUUCGGAUACUGUGCAAUAUGAUGUUCAUGGAUUUUUGGAGAAAAACCGUGACACUGUGUCUAAGGAGUUGGUGAAUGUAGUUGCUCAAUCUGAAAUGACCCUGUGUAAACAGUUAAUGGAAUUGGAGGAGACGGACACGCUAAGUGAAGCAAAAACUACAGUUGGUGGAAGGGUUGUUAUAAGUGCAUCAAAACAAACGCUGCCAGUGGACAAACGUAAACGAGUCACCCCGUCAAAACAGCAUAAACGAUCUGUUGGGUCCCAAUUUCGGGACAGCUUGUCGUUGCUUAUCUCAACAUUGCAUUCUACAACACCGCACUACGUGCGAUGCAUAAAGCCAAAUGAUGAUAAGGUCGCCUUCAAGUGGGAAGCUUCAAAAAUAGUUCAACAAUUAAGAGCAUGUGGUGUGUUAGAAACUGUUCGCAUAUCUGCAGCAGGUUUCCCAUCUCGUUGGUCAUACCACGAUUUCUAUACUCGCUACCAAUUACUAUGCCAUCGAAAGUUUCUCAACAAAAGCGAUCUAAAGAGUUCAUGUCAAAAUAUUGUCACUAAAUGGAUUCACGAUGAGGAGAAGUAUCGUUUUGGUAAUACGCAAAUAUUCUUUAGAGCUGGACAAGUCGCUUAUCUAGAGCAAGUUCGUAUGAAUCUUCGCAAAAAAUACAUAAUCACUGUGCAGUCUGUGGUGCGAAAAUUUGUCUAUCGCAUGCGUUAUCAACGUAUCCAAAGGGUCGUGCUAGGCUUACAGACUUUUGCUCGUGGUUAUAUAGCCAGAAAGAAGGCAAGAGCUAUACGAGAGGCGAGAGCAGCACUGAUAAUAUCGAAAUAUGCUCGUGGCUAUGUGUGCCGGCGUAGAUUCCUUAAGCUACGUUUUUCAGUUUGUGGAAUUCAACAGUAUGCUCGAGGAAUGUUGGCACGGCAUCGUUUUAAAUUGGCCAUGGACAAUCAUAGGGCAACUCAGAUACAACGUUUCUGUCGAGGUUAUUUGGCCCGUCAGGCAUAUAAGAAGAAAUUGCGAAGCAUCAUUGUUUGUCAGUCGGCGAUUAGAAGAUUCUUGGCUCGUCGUCUUUUCAGGAAACUUAAGGCCGAAGCCAAGACAAUCUCUCACAUCCAAAACCUAUACAAGGGCCUGGAGAACAAAAUUAUUUCACUACAACAGAAGAUCGAUGAGUUGAACAAGGAAAAUACACAACUCAAGCUAAAAACAACAGCUAUUCCUGUUUUAAAGAACCAGUUGGAACAGAAAAAGAAUAUCGAGAAUCAGUUGAAACAGUUGAAAUUGUUACUCGAAGACAAAGAGAAUGCUUUGCUGGCGGUUGACAAACAACUUGAGGCGGAGCGAGAUGAAAAAAUGCAACUGCUGGAAGAGAAAGAUCAUGAAAGAGAAGAAUGGUCUAAGCAAAAACAAACGUGGCGCAUUGAAAAUGAAGAACUCCGCAAACAGGUUGAUGAAAUGAUCGAAUUGGCAAAGAAAGAGGAGAAGGGUUCACUUCAUCGUUCGCGUAUUCUAUCAGAAGUUGAUGUCAAUGAAGUUCAUGAGGCUUAUCAACGUGCAAAGAAAGACAAAGACUUUUUGGAGGGUGAAAAUUAUAUGCUUAAAGAGGAAAUUAGCCGUUUGCAAAAAGGAAAUGGAAAUGCUACAGAAUAUUCCAAUCAUACAAGAUCUUUGAGUAAUGCAUCGAGUCAGAAUGAAGAGGACUUUGGUUAUGCAUCGGCCAAGAAUACACUUGAACCUAAGCGAAUGAAUCAAGCUUUGACUUUUGAUAGUAACAAUCAAUCUUCAAUGGAAUCAUUUGCAAAGAUUGAGGUGACAUCAACUCCGAAGAGCGAACAAACAAGUUUAAUUCUGAAGCUAAGGGGUAUUUUGGAAGAAGAGAAAAAGAAAAACAAGAUUUUGGUAGACCAAAUGGAAAAGCUGAUGAACAAAAACAAAUCUACUGAAGAUUCUCUAAGAGUUACGGAGCUAGAAGUUGAAAAUGAAAAAAUACGCCAUGAUUAUAGUUUAUUGCGAAAUAGCAUAAGCCGUGGUGUUGAGAUGCAAGAACUUGAAGCUCAACAAAGUGCUCUUCAAGAAGAACUAAAACGCCGUCGGGAUGAGUGCAUCCAGCUUAAAGCCGUACUUCAGCAGCAGAGUCAAUCCUUGAAAUCAUUUGGCGGUGCUAAACCAGUGCGAACAGAUAAUACAUUCCAAGAAAACUCUGAACUUCUAGAAGCUUUCCAAGCACAGAAACUUGUCAACAGACAACUUGAAUCAGAACUCAGUGCACUGACCGAAGAAAACAAUGCCCACUUGGCUGAACUAUCACGACAACUUGAUGAACUACGAAAUGAAAAGGCCCAACUUCAGACCAUUCUACAAAGCGGUGUCGAAGAUUUAGACGAAGCUAAUAUUGAGGCUAUUCGUCAAAAUGAGCGUUACCUAAGAUAUGAAUUAGAAAAAUCAUACAUGGAAUACACUAAACUACAGGAGGAUAUGAAUGUUUUGACUAAGAAAUACGAAGAUGCCAAACGUACUAUCCAUACGUUGACUAGGAGACUUCGAGAUCAUGGCAUAUCGAGUGCAAAUCCAAAUCAAGAAGAUUCUAAGGUUGUAGCGUCUGUUGGGAAAAAGAAGACCCAUCAUUACAAAGGAAUUCUCAAGUACAAUAAAGGUGAUCUUGAUAAGAUUUCUCAGCGCCUCAUAGUUGGCCUGACACCUCGAGUUGCCAUUGGCUUAUUGCCAGGUUUACCAGCGUAUAUUUUAUUCAUGUGUAUUAGAUAUACUGACUUGUUGAACAAUGACGACAAUGUGCAAAAAUUGCUGGCAAUGUUUGUGAAUCACAUGAAGAAAGUCCACAAGUUCCCCUGUCCUACCGAAAAUCGUGUCCUCUGGCUGGUUAACUCAUUGACACUCCAUAAUCUUCUUAAGCAAUAUGGUAACAUUGAGGAAUACAAUCGUUUGAAUACUCCACAGCAAAAUCAGCAGUUGCUAACUAACUUUGAUCUCUCUGAAUAUCGGAAAAUCAUAUACGACAUAAUUGUGGGUCUAUAUGAAAGCUUAGUAAAACAAGUCCAGGGAUUGAUUAAGCAAUUCGUGGUGCCAGCCGUUCUUGAUCAUGAUGAAAUUAAAAAUGGACAGAAUCAAGGUAAUCGCCGAACAAUAUCGUUGGACGGUUCACCCGAGCAUGCAAAGGUAUCGGCACCAAGAUUGCUUGUCAAUCAACUGGAGCACUAUUACAAGCAGUUUCACUUUUUCGGACUUCACAUUAGUUAUACAGAACAGAUAUUCUAUCAGUUGUUGUAUAAUAUUUGUGCCAUUGCAAUGAACACGCUUAUGUUGCGUGGAGAUAUUUGCAUGUGGGAGACAGGUAUGAAGAUUAGGUAUAAUGUAACAUGUCUGGAAGAAUGGGUUCGUGAAAAGAAAAUGUCUUCUGAUGUGACAAAACCAUUGGCUCCUUUGAUUGAUGUCUCACAAUUGCUGCAAUCAAGAAAAACCGAGCAGGAUGUAGAUAGUGUAUAUGAAUUGUGUAAUUCACUGACAACUGCACAAGUUCUUAAGAUGAUAAAAUCUUACAACUCAGAUGAUUGUGAAAGAGAAAUAAGCAGUACGUUUAUUGAGAAACUAACUGAUAAGCUCAACAACAGGAACAUGGCACGAAACUACGAAUUCACAAUGGACCAAGAAUUCAUCCAUCCUGUUAAGGUUGUCUACAAUUACAGUGACGUUAAACUUGAAGACAUUGAAAUCCCCAAACAACUGCAUCUUGAUGAAAUUCUCAUUAAGAUCUAAAAAAGAAGUAACAACUUAGAUGCAUCUGUAUAUUUCACCCCAACAAAAAAAAAGCAAAUAUUUAAAACAAAAAAAGAGCAAAAUUGUACGACUAUUUCUCGUAUAACCUUAAGAUAAAUAAUAAUAUUAAUAUAUUAGUUACCAUUUAUUACAUAAAAAAAAACAUAUAUUAUGUAAGCUUGUUGCCAUUUUCUCACUAUAAAUCUAUUUUGUACAUUGUUAAAUAUUGUUGCAUUAUCAAGAACCGUUAAAGUAAGUAUGUACUUAAAAAUAAAAGACAAAAUAUAUUCCAUUUUUUGAUGUAGUUUACGAUAAUAGUGCAAAUGAAUGUACCUUUCCUUGACAUUGUAGACAAAAUAACUACAAUUAUUAUAUUUUUGUUAUCUUAAUUAAAGUUAGUUUUUUUUUUAAAUAAUUAUGUUAGAAAGAUUAUAUAUGUAUUAUUUAAUUUCGAAUUACCACCAAUUUCUGUUUAUGUUGGGGUUUUAAAUCUUCGACAACAUAAAACUUUUUGUUCUUUUGUAGAGUUACAAGAACAAAAAAAAGAAAUUAAAUAUUUAGUUCUUAAUAAAACAAUCGUAGUAUUAAAUUAAAUUUAUAGUUAAAUAAAACGCAACUAGAAAAAUUUAGUAAAAUUUAAAAGCAACACAACUAAAAGUUGAGUGAGAAAAAGUUAUACCUAUCAAAAUUAAAAUAUUAAGAUGAUGAUUUAUUUGGUAUUAAUGUGUAAGAAAGAAUAAAACAUGAAACGAUAAGAUUGCCUAAAGAAAUGCCUUAGAAUGUUAUACUAUACUCUUCCUCAAAAUUUAAAUUAAGAUCAUAUUUUUGAAAUUUAAUUUUGAAAUGUGUAGAGAGAUGGUUGACCAACAAUAUGUGAUAUGAAAUGCAUUCCAUUUAAGUUAAUACAAGAACACUUAAAAAAUAUUUAUACUUUUGUUUGUUGAAAUUCUAAAAUAUGUAUUAAAAAAAAUUCAAUGUUACUUGGCACUUUGUACUAAGUUAAGUUAAAACUGAUUUACAGUUUUAAAAAUAGAAGUAUUUAUUCAUUUUUGGGCAAAAUUAAACAGGCCUAACACAGUUUAUCUGCUGAUCAAAAACUAUAUCGUUUGUGUAUUUUAAAAAACCAUUAUUUUUAAGUUAAACUCUAUUGAAUAAAAUCAUUGGAAUGUGUAAGAUCAGCUUUAUAAAAGUAACAGUUAUAAACAGGUCGGCUUACAAGAAGAAACCCAAAAAAAAAAUGGUUCAUUUUUGUACCCAUGAUUUUCAAACUUUAAAAGAACAUUUAAGAUUACCGCUGGUUUUAUGGACAGGAUGAAAAUUCUAGUCCUUUUUUAUUCAGGUUUCCUAAGUUGUUCUGUAUAGAUUUAAAUUUAUUAUUUAAAUGUUCUUACAUUUCUAAAUUUAAACCAUUUGUGCGAAAAAAAGUGUAAAACUAAUGAAAGAAGAAAACGACCACGAGAAAUUAAAAUGUAUUUAAAAAAAGAAGAAAAAAAACAAAUAUUUUUUGUAUUGCCAUUUAAAUAUUUUAAGAUUCGAUUAUUUGUCAAACUUAAAAUAUUUCCGUAAUUUUUUUUACAUCGAAAAUGUAUAUCUUAUUUUUAGUUUUAAGAAAAACCGUUAUAUUAUAAAUACAUACAUAUAUACUAUACAAAUAAUGCAAUGAUCCUUCUAAAAGAGUAAGUUAUUAAAAUACGUUAGUGAUGAUUCUUCAUUAAAAACAUGUUAAUUGAAGAAUUAAAAUAGAACUGUUAUAAAUGUAUACAAUGCAUAUAAAAAAUAAGCAAGAUUAUAUAUAUAUAUUUAAAACAAAGAAAAAAAAUAAUAAUAUGUACUUAAAAGCAAAAUAGAAAAUAUAUUUAUACAAAUUGGCUUAAGUCGAUUUUCUCGUUGAACAUAUUUAAAUAAAUCUAUUUAAUCAUACAGAUUAAUUUCUCA